AUGUGCGAAUGCAUCUAUUUUCUUCCAAUGAUUGAAUGCCCAAAGUGCAUGCAUGCAUCUGCAAUUGCGCUUGCUUUUUGUUUUGUUCAUUACCCCUGCCUCCCGAGUUGCACCCUGUCUCUUCCUGAUUUUGGCUUCGGCGCGCUAAGAAGGAUUAUGGAGGCGAAUGGGUUACGGAUCGGGUUUUGGGUAGAGGCGGUGUGCAGCGGUGUUGGGUUUCUUGACUCGAAGACGAGUCGCCGUGCGCCGCUGCAAUGCGGACAGCGAGAUGGCGCGUCGUUGUUUUGUUUGUUUGUUUACAUUUCGCUUUUGUUGUCCCCCCUCCCCUCUCAUUACUGGAUUGGGGGGAGGCGUUGGCGCAGCGCGGCUUGGGAUUGGAGGGAUUAUCAAAGUUCGAGGUGUUGGGCGAUGUUUCACUGGCCGAGACUGUGUCACAAACGCCGUGGUCGCGAAAUCUGGGAGGGGGUACUGCAACUGUAUGGUGGCAAAAACAAGGGGAGAAUCACCGCAACUGAUAGCCGUCAACAGUUAUUCUAUUCAUGA